AACUUUUAGAGAGAGAACAUAUCAAGGCAUAUAUAUGUAUACAUCAUAUAUGUUUGCAGCUCUCUGUAACGCCGUUUCAACAUUCUAGUGAGAGAAACCACAAGAAUUUCAGCUUAAUUUCAACUCAAUUUCAUCUCUUCCGGUUUUCGGAUCCGUUAGGGUUUCAUCAACCAACUUCAAUUUCGUCAUAAAUGCGAAGAAUUUCUUAAUUUUGGAGGCUAAUUCUGCGGAAAUUAGGGUUUCAUAACACUUUUAUCCAGUUGAAGAGGCUCAAUUUGUCUCCAUGAUGAACCGAGGACCAUCGUUUCCCCCACUUGAAGAUCCACUGUAUAAGGAGCUAUGGAAGGCUUGUGCAGGGCCAUUAGUGGAUGUUCCAAGAGAUGGAGAGAGGGUUUUCUACUUUCCACAGGGUCAUAUGGAACAAUUGGAAGCAUCUAUGAAUCAGGAAUUAAAUCAAAGGAUUCCUCACUUUAACCUAAAAUCAAAGAUUCUUUGCCGUGUUGUUCAUACUCAGCUAUUGGCUGAACAAGACACGGAUGAAGUUUAUGCUCAAAUCACUUUACUUCCAGAGGCAGAUCAAAGUGAUCCGACGAGCCCGGAUGAAUGCAAACCGGAGCCUGCGAGGCCGACCGUACACUCGUUCUGCAAAGUCUUGACCGCUUCAGAUACGAGCACUCAUGGUGGGUUCUCGGUGCUCCGAAAGCAUGCAAAUGAGUGCUUACCUGCUUUGGACAUGACUCAAGCUACUCCUACACAAGAGUUAUCAGCCUACGAUCUACACAGAACCGAGUGGCGGUUCAAGCAUAUCUUCAGAGGUCAACCGCGAAGGCAUCUGCUUACAACAGGCUGGAGUACUUUCGUUACUAACAAGCGAUUAGUGGCUGGCGACUCAUUCGUAUUCCUUAGAGGGGGAAACGGCGAAUUACGCGUUGGAGUUAGACGUCAAGCUCGUCAACAAGCCUCUAUGCCAUCUUCGGUAAUUUCUAGCCAAAGCAUGCAUUUGGGCGUUCUUGCAACUGCAUCACAUGCGGUUUCAACUCUAACGCGGUUUGCGGUUUACUACAAACCAAGGACAAGUCAGUUCAUCAUAGGAUUAAACAAGUAUAUAGAAGCCGUAAACAAUUGUUUUACUAUUGGCAUGAGGUUUAAAAUGGGGUUUGAGGGCGAGGACUCUCCCGAAAGAAGGUUUACCGGUACAAUAAUUGGAGUCGAAGACAUAUCUCCUCAGUGGGAGGAUUCCAAGUGGCGUUCAUUAAAGGUUCAUUGGGAUGAACCUGCUUCGAUUACGAGACCGGAACGCGUUUCACCAUGGGAAAUCGAGACUUUUGUAGCUCCUAUUCCAACAAGCUUAUCUCAACCAGUUGCACCGAAAAGUAAAAGGCUUAGAACUCCAAUGGAGAUUUCUAAUCUUGAACCAGCGUUUUCAACCGUAUCGGCUCAGCUGAGUUCUACCCAUGACGGACAUAAUCCUAAUCACGGUGGUCUUUUAAGGACACAAAUGGAUACUGGUUGGUUAUCAUCUUCCCCUGUAAAAGCUUCACGAAGUAUUUACGGAGACGAAACCGAAGAUGGAAAAGGUCUAUCAUCUUGGUCGGUUCAUACAACUUGCUCGCCUCGUGAAUCGUUCAAACAGGCUAAAGAUUCAAUUCAAAGUCCACUUAGCGUUUCAAGUUGUAGAAUAUUUGGUUUCGACAUAAAGAUUCCUCCCAAAGCUGAUGACGAUAUCACACCGUCAAAAGCACCGUUAACACCGUCAGACGUGUUGUCAGCUGGAGUUUCGGAUAACAAGUCUGACCUGUCGAAAGAACACGCGAUUUUGCAAGUUUCACCGAAAGAAAUUCAAAGCAAACAAACAACCACUUCAACCCGGAGCCGUACCAAGGUUCAAAUGAAAGGGGUAGCAGUGGGCCGUGCGGUGGAUUUAACCGUGUUGAAUGGGUACGAUGAGCUAAUCGAUGAGCUGGAAGAGAUGUUCGAGAUCAAAGGACAGUUAAAGCCACGAAACGAAUUCGAAAUCGUCUUUACAGACGACGAAGGGGACAUGAUGCUCAUGGGGGAUGAUCCAUGGCCGGAGUUUUGUAACAUGGUUAAACGCAUCAUGAUAUGUUCAAGUCAAGACGUGAAGAAAAUGAAGGCCGGAAGUAUGCUUCCGUCUACAACCGACAACGAGGCUUCCGAUAAAUGAUAAACACGAAACCGAUUAAUGUUCAAGAUUUCAAGUACCCCUGCUAGUUUUUUUUUUUUUUUUUUUUUUUUUUUUUUUUCGAGUUGUUUCAGGUGCCGGGUUUCACCUAUAAGUUUGGAAGGGUGGGCCUGAAGAUAAUUAAAGUGUAAAGAGGGGAUGGCUGGCUAAGUUGAUGUUUAUUUGUUAGAUGAUUACUGACCCAACCCGACCCGACCCGAACCUCAUGAAGGAAUGGAGUAUGUGAGUAUUUAGGAGUAAGCUAUAUAUAAGUUUGUAUAUUAGAGGUGUGUUUGGAUGUUUUAAUGGUGAUGCUGAUGGGGGGUUUCUCAUGAUUGCAUUGUAUAUAUUAUUAUUAUUAUCUUUAUAUUGACAUUUUAGCUAGCUAGCCAGCCAGCCACCCCUUUGUUUUAUUAUUGUACUUUGUAUCAUGAUUGAAUUGUUAAAGGGCUUUUUGUUGUUAACAAAAAGCUUCCAAACUCAUGACUUCCUUAAGAAAAAGUAAGUUAAACUCU